CUGUUACUCUCAUCGCCAAGGGGGAAGCCGUCCAGCCCCUGGUCAUGGCUGCAGCAUUUGUUCUCCUGCCAGAGAACUCCGAUUACAUUUCUUUUGUUUGUCUUCCCAUUUGGAGGAGAGUUUCAAAAGGCCCUUUGAAAACCCAGGGCCGUUUCCAUUCUUUUGAAUCUGGGGCGUGUGUGAACCUCCCCUCCUUUCCCUUCCUCUGGAUUGGUCACAAUGGUGGGUGGGUCGCAUCAGGAAGGUGGGGAUGGAAUUUACACCUUGGUGGGUUCCGUCUCCCAGCCCUUUGUGACUCAGUGUACCGCACGGAUCCCAGCCUAUUUGGUAAACUGAACCUCAGAGGACUUAUGGCUGAGUACAAGGUGCAAGAUUUGGCCGCUGAACGUAGAAAAAUCCAGCGGUGUGAAAGGCAGGGCGCAAACCUGGAGGAGAGAAUGAACUAGGGAAAAAUCACCGGCCAUCAAAACCUUUUGGGUCCUUUUGGAGCCUUUUUGGUAACACACCAGUUUGUUUCUGUUCCUUGUUCCAGGAAAAAAAUUGCUCCUGUUCUCCCAUGGAAAGCACAUCAGAGAGGAUUCAAGAGGUUUUUGGAGAAUGCAGCGGAAACGUCCAGGCUGGAGAGGCUUUUUCACCUCCCUGCACAGUUCCUUACAUCAACACGGCUCCUGAAUCUUCCUUAUCCGGCGGUUUACCACCUUGGCAGUUCCAGAACGGGAGCUCCUGCGAGGAAAUUCCCCAUUAUUUGGAGCAGCUGGUGGACUCUUGCCUUCAAGCUGAGCCACUGCUGGAGGUGCCCUUGACCCUGGCACAGGACAACCUGGCUUGCUCACCUGAGAGCUUCCAGCCAGCCCUCACCUGCCUGGGUUCCGGAUCCCCCGAGGUUUCUGAUCCCUCCAGCGCCUUCGAUUACAGCUAUUCCCCAUCUCAGAUGCCUCCUUUCGCCCCACUCAGCUACAGCUGCUCGGCUCUGGAUGGCACGAGUUGCAUGUAUUCGCCCCCAGAGGAAGGCACCUGCCAGCCACAAAACCACAUCCCACACACCUCCGGCCUAUCGACGUGCUCCUGCACCCCGUGCGGUUCCCAGCACUUGGACACUUUUCGAGCUUCCGAAUUCUUUCCCUACGCCGCUCUGGAUUGCAAAGACUAUGCCCCUUCGGUCUCUGUGACAGAUGACGUCUGGAAGGAUAGGAGUUGGGACCUGUGCUACAGUUAACCUAGCGACGGCCGCCCGCACUUGUGAAUGCAGGAGUUCUCUGGACUCAGGUCCCCCAUUGUGGGUUUGCCAAGGGCUCCAAAUGAUACCUUUCUCAGGUCAACCAACAUGGAAAGGGCAGGAUGCAAGCUUUAGGGCAGGGGUCUCCAACCGUGGCCACCUGAAGACUUCUGGACUUCAACUCCCAGAAUUCCCCAGCCAGCCACGGGAGAUGAAGUCCACGAGUCUUCGAGCAGCCAAGGAUGGACACUCCUGAUUUAGAGGUUUCUGGAAUUCAUCAAUGGGUUGAGUAGAAAGUGAGGAAUCCUUCUAAACCUUGAUUUGGGCUAAAACAACCUGUCUUCACUAAGAUUUGCCAUGAAAUAUCCAAAUUCUGUACCAAGAGAAAUUGAUUUCUGCAACCUGUUGGGUGCAUUUGCAAACUGCCUCUUAUUUUGUAUAAUUUGUUGUGCUCUGCACUCCAACCCUGGCCCUUCCAGUACCAUCUUAUUUGACAAUUUUCUCCAUUCUGGUGUUUGCCAUGCCAUCAAUGGAAGCCCAUAUGAGCCACAUUUCCAAGAGCUAAGAAUGCACUUUAAAGAACAAUCAAUAAAUCAAUUGUGAUUUUUUUUUUUUACCCCCACAAAGUUAAUCCUCUAGGAAUAACUGCUGCAAGAUUUCAGAGUGUGAAGCAACAAUAGUAUAAUAUUUACCCAUAGAGAGAAAAUUCACUGGGGACUAUUUGUACGUUUAAAAUGGCCAGCCCUGAAAAUUUCAUUGCCUCCCUAUUGAAGAAUUCUGUGAGAUCUGGAAGCUUGCAUACCUCUACCAACAAAAUGCCCAGUGCUUGACUUGAUCACUCUCAUAAAAGCGACAUGUAUAUUCUUGCACUCUGUUCAAGUAAGUAUGCAUAUUUUUCCAGCGAACUGAUAAUCAUCUAAGUUGAAUUCACCUUAGGUUUUUUUUUCCUGUCGGGUUUCCUUAAGGAAGCAAACAAACUUAUGAACCACAUGCCAAUAUUUCUUCUCCCAAGUAAUCAGUCUGUAUGUUUUAAGAUUUCAUUAAAUGAAGACGUGUGUUUUAUUUGAUCUGUUUUCUCCUUUUUCACGACUUGUCCUUCUUUCUGAGUUCAGUUUGUAACUUUACUAUUUACUUUCUUUUAAUAAACUUCACUAUUGUUAUGAAAA